UUGGCGGUCACAUCUAGCCUUUCAGGAAGAAAAUGUUCCGCUUAUCCGCCACUCGCUUUGUGUCGCUGCUUAACGGCAACAAAUACUCGUCAUUAUCGCGUGCAUGUUUCUGUGGUGCAGCGACGUCAAAAGCUGAAUCCAGAAGAAAGUCUGGAGACAAUGCGUGCACGGCUAUUGUACCAGAGCAAGAAACGUGGUAUUCUCGAAAAUGACAUUCUCAUCGGUGUCUUCGGAGAGAAAUAUGUCAACAAAAUGGACCGAGAAACGCUGAAGGCUUAUGACACGCUGAUCAAUGGUGACAUAAUGGAGUGGGAUUUGUACUAUUACAUGAGUGGGAAGGAGGAGCCUCCAGCUGAGCUGAUGUGGCUAACUCAAGUGCUUUUCAACUCCUCAAAAAGUUCGUUGAUCAAAGGGAGUUUGCGGACGAUGUAA